GCAUGCGAGGAUGCACCUGAAGCUCAACUCUCGAGAGCAGCACACACACACACACACACCUGGUGAAUGAUGUCAACAGCACGAGACACAGUCGCCGUCUUUUCAGAUUUGCCAGAACUUCUGCUCGGGUGUCACUUCUUCUUUUCCCCGUGCUGCCUGUGCUCCCCUCAGACUUUCUCCAUCACUGCUGCCGAGCUUAGUGCUGACAAGGUUUCUGCCUCCAAGACAAUGGUUUUUCAGCAAGUUGCCAUAGCAACGGUUCCAGUUCUAGAGAUGAGCGUCUCUGUGGGCUGUGAGAAAAAGCUUGUGGCUCCGCACUCCUCUUCCUGUAGUGCUGUGCGACAGACCCAAGGAUGAAAAUUUGAGAAUCUAUCACCUCACACUUACAUUUAAAGGUCCCAUCGUGAACUACUGUCUUCAAGAAAGUAACUAGCAAGUGGGACGCUGGUCUCAGCUGAUGGUCUGGUUCCCUUGAUUCUGUCGGUGGAGAAAGCUGAAAUGGCAAAGUUACGUACAGACAUCACAAAUGUGUGUGCGUUUGUAUUUCUGGUGGGGUCACUUCCUGUAGCGGCCUGAACUCAGAGUUUGCUCCGUUGUGGCUGAGAAGAAUGACAGGACUGUUCAGGACAUGCCAUGAGGAUGAUGCUACUCCAUAAACUGCACACAUGGAAGAUGCCUUUUAUUCACAAAUCCCACUGUAACAGUUUGUCCGUGUUGUCGAGUGAGGAGUCAGAAAACAAAAGCGAUGUGGAGAAACUGGUCUGAUGCUCAUUGUUGCAGAUCCACGGCUGCAGAGCUCUCACACCCACAGAUGCUGGGAACAAUCCUCCCACGCUGCUGCUGAAGAGCUGCUGAGUUCUGCUGCCGAGUGGGCUGCGAGUGGCAGACAGAGAUGAGAUGCAUGUGAGAAGUGAGAAGACCAUCUCCAGGAUGGUCACAGGAGACCCUGGUCUGUGGAAGUGAGAAGAUUCCUGAGCCAGACUGAUGUUUUAUCUUCAUUGCUGCUGAGCGUUUACUCUGUCACUCACUGCUUCUAGCCGACUUAUUGUGCUACCAAUUCCUUAGUAGUGUCAGAUGUGGCCUCUUCUUCUGAGCUCUUGUUUUUAGCUCCAUUUUUAAGUGAGAUUUUUUGGAAAAAACACAUUUGUUUGAAGAACGGUGCUGAUGGAGUUUGAGACCUGGAGACCACAGAAAGGCCCAGUGAAAGCAAGGGUGUCAUAAACAGUCAAGAACAUCAGAGCAUCUGCUGAAGCAACCUGAGAGGUUCUGCACACGUUCACCCUCAGUAAGAGGACCAAGGUUCCUCUGAGCAUGGAUGAAUAAAGCAGGAGGUAAACGGAGAAGCGAGGAGUUUCUACGGUGAUGUAACGUAUACACGCGUGUUGCUGUUAUUCACACUCUGCUUCCUUUCUCACGGUCUUGCACACACACACACACACACACACACCUGAAGCAGGCUGGAGUGAAGGUGGUGUCACCUUCCUGUGUAAUCAGGUCUACAUGCAGGUCUUCUAGUUUCCACACACUCAAGUAUUCAUACCGACCGACACUCACAGCAUUGCAGUUGAUUAAGAAGAUGGAUGUUCUACUUAGUGACGCUCACUCAUUCACCCAUUAUUUACUGCAUCUCAACCACUGCCCUCGGGCUGUUUGCGGUCCGUCAGCCUCCUUUCUUGGGCCACAAGGAUGUGAAUCAUGACAGCCCAUCCCGCCCGUCCUCUUGUUUUGCUGUCUUUGUGAGGACCUCUCAUUGCCAUAACCCUUUCCCCCUAAACCUAACCACCCAAAACACGUGGCCUACCUGAGACAAAAUGUCCUGGACAAUGUGUGGAUGCUGAGCUCUUCAUGUUGAUUGUUGGACCCUGCAAGAGGAGGCUCUUGAGGACCUUGAGCCUUCGGUUGUGGACCCUGAACGUCCUCUUGUGGAUCUGCUCUGGUGUUCUAGAAGAGGUGGGGCUUGAAGGGGAACAUUAUUGUGUGUUAUUGCAUGUUUGUUCAUCUCAAACUCUCAGAGCAGCGAGGCUGUGAGCGACACAUAAGAGAGACGCGUCGCUGCAGAAGUCAUCUACGUCUAUAAAUAGAUGAAGGCACUGAGUGAGUAGAGGAAGGGCAGGAUGAUGAGACUGAUGUGAGUCUCUUCUUGAUUUGCUGCUCCAAACCAAGUCACCAAUUACUUCAGUUAGAUUAUUCCAUACUCCAGUCACCAACGUUUGCAGCCUGAGGCAACACCGUGGUUGUUUCCUGGCACUCUGGUUUCCUCCCAAAAGGGUGGUGAGGCCAGCAAUGUUGUAUGGUUUGGAAACAGUGGCACUGAGGAAAAGACAGGAGGCAGAGCUGGAGGUAGCAGAGAUGAAGAUGCUGAGCUUCUCUCUGGUAGUGAGCAGCAUGGAUAGGAUCAGAGGGACAGCACAUGUGCUCAGGUGUUUAGGAGACCAAGUCAGAGAGGCUACAUGGAGAUGGUUUGGACAUGUACAGAGGAAAGAGAGAUAGUACAUGAAGUUGAGGUUGGAACUGCCUGGCAGAAGGUGGAGAGGAAGGCCAAAGAGGAUAUUGAUGGAGGUGGUGAAGGACGACAUGAGGUUUGUAGAUUUGAGAGAAGAGGAAGCCGAGGGUGAGAUGGAGGAAGAUGAUCCGCUGUGGCCAGCCCUGAAGGGAGAAGGCCAAAGAAGAAGAAGAAAACUCUGGUUUCCUCCCACAUAUAGCCAAAAAGAAAAUCGCCAUUGUGUUGCUUCGCGGGUGUGCUGUCCAGGGUGUCCCCACGCCUCCUCCAGAUGCUGCCAGUUCACCCUGAUGCGUAGUUGGUGGACAAUGUGGUCUUCUGUGGGUGGCUGUUACUCAUCUGCACGACUUGUUAUUGAGAGAAUGUGUAGUGCUUUGUGUUGCAAACACCGGCAUCAGAUGUGUCUAUUACAGAAUAAUGGCGAGGACUCGCACCAGAUCUCACCCAGCCCGGUGGUCCACGUCAGAGGCCUGUGUGAGGCGGUGGUGGAGGCCGACCUGAUCGAUGCUCUGGAGCAGUUUGGUUCCAUAUGCUACGUGAUGAUGAUGCCCUUCAAGCGCCAGGCUCUGGUGGAGUUCUCUGCAGCGGAAAGCGCCGACCGCUGUGUGUCCUGUGGAGCCAAGGAGCCAGUUUAUAUCGCUGGUCAGCAGGCUUAUUUCAACUACUCCACCUCCAAGAGAAUCACCAGGCCCACCAAUGCUGACAAUCCUAACAGUGGCAAUAAGGUCCUGCUGCUGUCCAUCCAGAACCCACUCUACCCCAUCACCACGGAUGUUCUGCACACGGUGUGCAACCCCAUCGGCAAUGUUCUGAGAAUCGUGAUCUUCAAGCGAAAUGGAAUACAAGCCAUGGUGGAGUUCGAGUCGGUCCAGUGUGCCCAGAAGGCCAAAGCCGCCCUGAACGGAGCCGACAUCUACGCUGGCUGCUGCACGCUGAAGAUAGAAUAUGCUCGGCCCACACGACUGAAUGUGAUUAAGAACGACAGCGAGAGCUGGGACUACACCAAACCCUACCUGGUGAGGCGAGAGCGUGGGAAGGGCAGGCAGAGGCAGGCCAUUUUGGGAGAGCAUCCCUCGUCCUACGGAAACAAUGGCUUCGGACCGCCCUGCCCCCUGCUGCCUCUGCCUGGCAAUGGCAGGCACAAGCUGAGCUCCUUGGAUGUUCCUGACAUGGUGUCGUACCCGCUGCCCCAGUCCUCUACGUCCUACCCAGGACACGCCCCCAGCUCUGUUGCCAUGGUGAGCGGCCUACAUCCCUCCAAGAUGAACUGCACCCGCAUCUUCAACCUCUUCUGCCUUUACGGCAACAUCGAGAAGGUCAAGUUCAUGAAGAGUGUCCCGGGCACGGCCCUGGUGGAGAUGGGGGACGAGUAUGCUGUGGACCGAGCCAUCACCCACCUCAACAGCAUCAAGGUCUUCAGCAAGAGACUCAACGUUUGCGUGUCGAAGCAGCACGCCGUCAUCCCCAGUCAAGUGUUCGAGCUGGAGGAUGGCUCCAGCAGCUACAAGGACUUUGCUAUGACCCGGAACAAUCGCUUCAGCAGCGCAGGACAGGCGUCCAAAAACAUCAUCCAGCCUCCAUCAGCCGUGCUGCACUACUACAAUGUUCCUCCGUGCAUCUCCCAGGAGCACCUGCUGAAGCUCUGCACAGAGCACGAUGUUCCGGGCUUCAUCAAGUUCAAGAUGUUCGAUGCCAAACCCUCGUCCAAAACAAUCUCGGGCCUGCUGGAAUUCGACAGCAAGACGGAGGCUGUGGAGGUUCUGACGGUCCUCAACCAUUACCAGAUCAGAAUCCCGAAUGGCUCCAACCCUUACACCCUGAAGCUUUGCUUCUCCACGUCGUCUCACCUCUGAAGAUGUCCUGAAGGUUCUGGCAGCUUCAUGGUCCCAGCUGACCUCUGACCUGAGAUGGAACAGUGACCGGAGCCUGGAUCUGGACCAGAUGUCCC